ACUGCCGCCGACCCACCCAGCCAGACAGUCAACUAUACAAGUCAUGCCCGUUUAUUCCCCGACAGGGCAAACUCCACAAUCUUAUAUUCACACGAUCUAGAAGGCCAUCUUAUUGCACUUCCUUACAGUAAAGUCCGUUCCUCCCUAGCUUUCGCGAAAAACAGCUAUGAGGUGUUCAUGGUUUUUGCAUCACCCUUUUUAUAUUUACCACGACGCCAGAGGAUAGGUUGCGGAUAAAUACUCUGUGUAAAUGACUUGCUUACAUAUCAGGGGUCUUAUGCUUUGACAUAUUACUCACUAUACAUUUCAUUGCGCCUGCGCAGUUUAACCUUGUCAUAGAUCGUGAUGAGCACGAGGAGACGUCAAAAGUUCAGCCGGACACUAAAGGGGCCCUUUGGACCUACCUGAUGAUAUGGCGAUUACUUAUUAAUCCCUUUAAACAAAAAUACACGUAAGAAGGGUACAAACAGUAUCAAUAGUAGUACGUACGGGUAUUUGGCUGCCCUGGUGUCAUAUACUAGUCGUUCUACUAGGCUAUACUCGUCCACGGUAGAUCCUAGCCAUGUCUAGCUUCUCCGUUGUCCAGAUUGUUGUCUUGUUCUCGGUUGUGGCGGGGAUGUCCGCCUCAGACCACGGUCCUAUCUUCCACACAAAGUACGGAGACGUGCGGGGCGUGUACAUAAAGGAAGGCGCCUUCGUCCUCGGCCUACCCUUCGGACAACCUCCGUUUGGCGAGCUCCGCUGGAAACCUCCCAAACCGUUUACGGGAUCGUGGGCACCUCACAUCCGCGACGGCAGCGUCCCGGGCCCGGCAUGUCCGCAGGUCGGCUGCGGCCCCGACGAUGAAAAGCCCCUAUUCCACUGCUGUCCUCGAGACAAGAAACUCAGUGAAGACUGUCUGUAUCUCAACAUUUUUGUUCCACACACUGUCCUAACGAACUCUACCGUUAAACUACCCGUGUUGUUCUGGAUUCAUGGCGGUACUUACGAUUCAGGUACCGCUUCUGCCCUCUUUUUCGACGGUCGCUUUCUGUCCAAUAAAACAAACACUGUUGUCGUUACAACCAACUAUAGACUGGGGGCUCUGGGUUUCCUGGUGGCCGGCGAGGGGGAAGACGCCCCGACAGGGAACUACGGAACAAUGGAUCAGAUCCAGGCUUUAAAGUGGGUACAGGAAAACAUCGGUGAUUUCGGAGGAGACAAAAACCACGUCACUAUUUUCGGACAGAGUGCAGGGUCCGAUUCAGUCGGCAUUCACAUGACGUACAACGGUUCUGCCGACUUGUUCGAAAAGGGCAUCAUGUCGAGCGUACCUUUCACCAUCUAUCACAAGUCUCGCGCCGACGCCGUGCGACUCGGAAACCGCUUCGCCGAUCUGCUGAACUGCUCGGCCGGCGACGUCAAGUGUAUCCGUUCCAAAACCACAGACGAACUUGUACGUGCUCAAGGUAUGAUAGGCAUCUUCAUCGCCAACCCGCUUCGUCUUUUUGAGGCGUUUGAGCAAUGGGGACCCCACUUUGACGGCGAUAUUCUAACCGAAGAACUUGUGGAUAAGUUUGCAAAAAGACAGUUUCAGAAGAAACCGUUUAUCAUAGGUACAGUAAGUGAAGAAGCUACUCCAUACAUAUAUGGAGCGUUCGGAAAAACGUCUAAACUUGAACUGGACGGCAUUGCUGUAGCCUUUAUGCAUUUGAAGGCAGGCCAGGUCCUUCGUGAAUAUAACCCGCCACCGUCCUCAGACUAUCGGCCUUUCUUAUCCGUGAUUGUGACUGACUGGGUCUGGGCCUGUCCAACCCGCAACGUCAUACGGAACGCCAUCGCCGGUGGGGAAUCCGACGUCUGGCUCUACGUCUUCGACCACGUUUUGUCUAUCAAGCAAGCCUGGGGCAACUCUACAUGUAUUAGCCACGUCUGUCAUGGCUCGGACGUUCCGAUUGUCUUUCAAACCGCACCGCUGGGAAACUUCAGCCUGACCGCCGACGAACAGGUCCUGGGCAACACCAUCGCGUACCACUACGGCAACUUCGCGCACACAGGAGAUCCAAACAAACCUAACGAACAUCUCCCCCGUCCCAACCUCAACAUACCAGAUAACUUGAACUGGCCAAAGUACAGCAAGGACAACCAGUUUCCUAUCCUGAACAUGACGACUCCACACAACACACUGAUGCACGAUUAUCGGAAGGACAAGUGCGACUUUUGGGACAGAGAAGACAUUUACACCUGAGGAAAUUGAGCGUUGUUUUUCAGCACGUAU